AUGCCAUUUAAAACUGAUGUUUCAUCAUCUGUAUCGUUACCACAAGCACAUGCACAAGUUAAAGUCACUUACAAUAAAGUAAUACCAAAUUAUGAAUUAACACUUCCAUUUGAUGCAACAAUUGAAUUUAAGUUUGGUGAAUCUAUUCAAUUAAAUUCUAAACUUGCAAGUGUCCUGGCAAAUUAUAGUGACAAUUUUAAAUUUGAAGAAGAACAGGAACAAUCAUCAACAGUUGAUAAUAAACAAAAAGUAUCGGAUGGCCCCGAUAAAAUCCACAGAGUUGGUUCUAAGCUCAAUCGAUAG